GCGGCCGUUAAGUGUCAUGUCGUCUCAGGCAUUUCUUGUCUAAGUUUUUUUUUUUUUCUCCUGUAAAUUGGAGCUGGUGGAGCGCAGCGCGGCGAGAAUAGCCGACCUCUUUCUCCCCGGGUGACCAGCAGCUGGGACAGACAGACAGACAGGCAGGCAGGCAGACAGGCAGCGGGCAUUCUGCUGGUCUCUUCACAGUUUGCAGCUACAUUUAAUUUGUCAACGUCAGAGAUGACAGGCGGCUGUUUGUGGACGACUGGACUCGUUCUUCUCGCCGUCUGUGUCAAGAUUGGCUUGCGGGCUGAUGAUGGUGGAGCAGUGUUCAUCCGCGAGUUCACCCUGAUUCGCCGGGACCACCUGCCUGAAGACUCUCUCCAUGAAGGCCCCAGCAGCCAAAAGCCAGAGGACCCAAGCUCGCGGACAGCUCGGUCAGAGGAGGAUCGAGACACCCUGUGGGACGCCUGGGGCUCAUGGAGCGAGUGCUCCCGUACCUGUGGAGGAGGAGCCUCCUACUCCCUCCGACGAUGCCUCAGUUCCAAGACCUGCGAAGGGCAGAAUAUCAAAUAUCGCACAUGUAGUAAUGUGGACUGCCCUCCAGACGCUGGUGACUUCCGUGCCCAGCAGUGUUCGGCUCAUGCAGACGUGCGAUACCAGGGCCAGUACCACGAGUGGCUUCCUGUGGAUAACGACCCGGACAACCCCUGUGCCCUAAAGUGCAAAGCCAAGGGCUCAGGCCUUGUGGUGGAGCUGGCACCCAAAGUGCUGGAUGGGACGCGCUGCUACACCGAAUCCUUGGACAUGUGCAUCAGUGGAGUCUGCCAGAUUGUAGGUUGUGACCACGAGUUGGGGAGCACGGCAAAGGAGGACAACUGUGGUGUGUGCAACGGAGACGGUUCUUCCUGCAGACUGGUGCGGGGACACUACAAGUCCCAGCAUUCCUCAGGAAAAACUGAGGACACGGUCGUUGUCAUCCCCUAUAAGAGUCGUCAUGUGCGUCUGGUCCUGAAAGGCCCGGAUCACUUGUAUGUGGAGAGUAAGACCCUGCAGGGGGUGAAAGGUGAACUUGAGCUGGAUUCGUCGGGACAGUACCACCUGGAGAACACCACCUUGGACUACCAGAAACUCUCUGAUAAGGAGGUGCUGAGAAUCACCGGGCCACUGGGAGCUGACUUCACUGUCAAAGUGCAGUAUGCCAGUGGAGCAGACAGUGUGGUCCAGUUCAUCUACUACCAGCCCAUUGUCCACCGCUGGAGAGAGACAGACUUCUUCCCUUGCUCUGUCACCUGUGGUGGAGGAUACCAGCUGACCUCAGCAGAGUGCUUUGACCUGCGAAGUGGUCGAGUGGUGGUGGACCAGUACUGCCACUACUACCCAGAAAAUAUCAAACCCAAGCCCAAACUCCAGGAGUGCAACAUGGAGCCCUGCCUUGCCAGUGAUGGCUACAAGCAAAUUAUGCCAUAUGACCUCUACCAUCCCCUGCCUCGAUGGGAGAGCAGCCCCUGGACGGCCUGCUCCACCUCCUGUGGUGGGGGCAUCCAGAGUCGCUCAGUGUCCUGCGUAGAGGAGGACAUGCAGGGCAUCAUCACCCCUACCGAGGAGUGGAAGUGUCUCUACUCCCCCAAGUCAGCUAUCCUGCAGCCCUGCAACACCUUCGACUGCCCCACCUGGCUGGCACAGGAGUGGUCACCCUGCACAGUGACCUGUGGUCAGGGCCUGCGCUACAGGGUGGUGCUGUGCAUCGAUCACAGGGGGCUCCAUGCUGGGGGCUGCAACCCUACCACCAAACCCCACAUCAAGGAGGAGUGCCUGGUCACUGUGCCCUGCUACAAGCCUGCAGAGAAAGUCCCAGUGGAGGCAAAGCCACUGUGGCAUAAGCAGGCCAUAGAGCUGGAGGAGGUUAUCGUGACUGAAGAACCAACAUUCAUCCCCGGGCCCUGGCAGCCCUGCAGCAGGACUUGUGGCGCCGGGAUCCAGCAACGGGCCGUCAAGUGUCAGGUAUUGCUGUCCUUCUCCCAGACAGUGGCUGAUCUGCCAGAUGACGAGUGUGAAGGGGUCAAACCUGCAACAAGCCAGCCCUGCUACCGAACCCCCUGCUCCGGUGUUGAGGGCCAAGGAAGAGCAGAUGAACAGGAGGAGGAAGAGGGCAACCCACCCCAGAGAGAGGAACUGCACGACUGGGAGUAUGAAGGGUUUACGGAGUGCUCAGAGAGUUGUGGAGGAGGGGUGCAGGAGGCUGUGGUGAUCUGCCUGAACAAGCAGACCAGGGAGGCAGCAGACCAGAGUCUGUGUGUGAGCUCCCGGCGGCCACCGCAGCUUCUCCAGGACUGCAACACCCAGCCCUGCCCGCCCAGGUGGGAAACUGGGGUGUGGAGUUCGUGCUCUGCUACCUGUGGGGUUGGUCUGAUGACCCGCACUGUGGCGUGUACCCACUCACCCUCCCGGGAUAGCAACCACACAGAGACUCUUAGGGAUGAAGAGUGCCGGAUGCCCAAGCCUAGUCCUGUCCAAGCGUGUAACCGCUUUGACUGCCCCCCUAUGUGGGACUCACGUGACUGGGGAAAGUGCUCCCGUAGCUGUGGUGGUGGGACACAGAGGAGGGAGGUCCUGUGCAAACAGCGGUUUUCAGAUGGCAGUGUGCUGGAACUGCCUGACACAUUUUGCCCUUCCAAGAGUCCUGCAACCCAACAGUCUUGUGCCAAGCAGGAGUGCCCGCCUCAGUGGGUCACAACUGACUGGUCCCCGUGUUCAGUGACUUGUGGAGAUGGCAUUCAGAGGCUACAAGCAGUCUGCAAGAGGCAAGGGGAGGAUGAGCAAUAUCAGAUCGUAGCCCCCGAGACCUGUGCCCCAGCACUGAAGCCCACCAGCAUCCGGGCAUGCUCCCUACGGCCCUGCGAAAAAAACAUCAAACUAGAGGUUAUCAAGCCAGAUCCCACAAUCCUGGCCCAGAGGAAGGUUUACAUCCAGUGGAGAAAGGGCAAAAAGCUACAGUUUGUAGUGGGAGGCUAUGCCUACCUGCUUCCUUGGACGUCUGUGGUCCUACGCUGCCCAACCCGGCGAUUUCGCAAGGGACACAUCCAGUGGCUGAAGGAAGGGAGGCCCCUGGUAAGCCUCCCUCAUCUCUCUAUAACCUCACAAGGCUAUAUGAAGAUCCAACAGCUUCGCCCAUCUGACGCAGGCAUCUACACAUGUGUCGCAGGCCAGGCACAAGAAAAUUUUGUCCUAAAGGUUAUUGGCAGCAAGCAGAAGCUCUCUGUGCCAGAAACAGGAGAGUCAUGGCUGCUCUCAGAUGGACAGCGGAAGGCUAGCCAGCCAGAUGUGGCCUCAACAGGAGAGAGAUUUUGGGAGCUACACAUCUCUCUCAACCAAUAUGACAACAUAGUUCAGCGUUUGCUUGACCUCAAAGGGUCUAUCCUGGAUGAAAAAGAACCUGAUCUAACAGACUCCAAUGAAAAGAACAGGUCAACAAUGGAAGAUGAGGAAACGUCGGAACUUUCCAGCCCCCUCAUGCUAAUUGCUGAUACCCACAGGCUGGAUGAGAUCAUCCACAACCUCUCAGAGGGCUUCGGAGGACCACGGGGGGAACAACUCAUCGCUCAAUUGCUCACUGAGCUUACAAUGACACAGGGAGAAAACAAUGAGUCUACCCUUCACCCUCCUGAAAAAGCAGAAUCUUCCACGCAAGGCCCCCUUCUUUAUAAACCAAACAUCAAAACUCAUCCAACCAGGCUAAGAGGCCCAAUGAUCAUCCACAGACCCAGGAAGGUUGGUGUGGUGUCGUCAUCUGAAGUGGUGGUCCAUGUGGGAAUGCCAGUUCUUCUGCAGAGACAAGUGGCUAGUGUGGAGCUGAAGUGUGAGGCAUUGGGGAACCCAAAACCAACCAUAACCUGGACCAAGAGUGGAAAAGAGUUGCACUACAAUAGCAGAGUAGGCCUGCUGUCUGACGGCUCGCUAAGGAUCCUGUCUCCAAGCAAGGUGGAUGAAGGUCUGUACACCUGCAUUGCCAGGAACCGUCUUGGUUUCACCUCUCUUUCCUCACAGCUACAAAUUACAGGUGACAAAGGCAGCAGCUGUGUCCAAGGUAACAGUAUGGCAGUGGAUGGGCUUCUUUGCCCUGAGAAGAAUAACACCAGCCCAUCAGUUGAGCUAUGCCAUGGACAAGCCUGCCCCCUCAGGUGGCGAGUGGCCCCAUGGUCGCCAUGCUCGGCCAGUUGUGGAGGUGGGAUUCAGAGCAGGAGGGUCAGCUGUGUGAGGGGGAGCGAGGAAGGGGUGAGUGAGGUGGAGAGCCAGCGCUGUGUGGGCACAGGGAGAAGACCCUCUGACACCAGGCCGUGCAACCUUCAGCCCUGUGCCAGGUGGGCCACUACUCCCUGGGGGCCGUGUCAUGGUCAUUGUGUGGGUCCCAGUUUGGCCACACAGCACCGCCACGUUUACUGCCAAGACACAAAGGCCAGCAAAGUCCCCCACAGAAUGUGCAGUGGACUCCAAAGACCCAGCUCCCUUAAGAAUUGCUCCACAGAGGCCUGUGCUCUACAGUGGCGCGUAGGACCAUGGACACAAUGCACAGCUACGUGCGGACGCCAUGGUUUCCAGUCACGCCAGGUGACCUGUGCUCACCGCCGAACUGGCAAGGCCGUGCGUGAACACCACUGCACAUGGAGGCCCCGCCCUCCCAGCUGGCAGCGAUGCAAUGUCCUGUCCUGUGGAAGAGCAGGAGAGUGUCGGGACAGCACGAGGUACUGUGAGAAGGUGCGACAGCUGGAGCUCUGCCCGCUGCCCCAGUUCAAGAGCCGCUGCUGUCAGUCUUGCCGAGACACCUGAGACGGGGACGAGAGGAGGACCACAGACAGACUGGACGGGCCCAGGAAAGGUCCCCAACACAACAAGCAGAGACUUCAACUAUUCCCCCGUCUCUUUUAUCACCCACAACCGUCCUCGAUGAACAGCUUCAGACUGGGGGGACUGGAGCGAAGAGGAACCUUUGAAUGGUUGUGAUCUACUUUCUUCAAAGAUGCUGCGGGUGAAUUAGAAUUUUAAAGUAUUGUUUCAUGAGAAGGGACAUCACUGUUAAUGAAGGCUUCAGUUUGACUCAUUUUUUCCAACUGAAGUUCAUGUCAGCUUUUCGUUUUGUGCAAAAGAGACUAGGCUAUGAUUCCAUUGUGAGUGAUAGAGAGGUAUUUAGUUGUAACCUAUCUAAUGGGCAACUCAUGCAGAGGCAUUGCACCAUUGAUUAGCUACAUGUCCAUAUGAAUGAUAACUGGUGCAGUGUUUGUAAUAACCACUGGAUAGUAGCAGGUUUGCCUUUACUAUGAUGGUCUCCAAGAAAUAUUUUCAUGUAAACCAAAAUUUCUCCUGCAAACUGAACUUUUAUCCAUGUGGCGAGUGUGAAAUGUCUAUAAAAUUCCACAUACACCAUCGCUCAUAUGGAUAAAAAGGUGUGACACAGCUGAAAGCCUUUAGCCCAUUUUAACCUCAGUGAUUGAUCAAGUAAUUUCACUAGGUAAUGUUUGAAUUAGGAUAUCAGUUGCUUUAAUUGCAUCAUCAGCAAAAUAGAUAGUGGAACAUCACAAAGAUUUUUGUUGGAUUGCACUAAUAGAGGAGUAUGACUGAAGCAAAUCAAUUUGAGGAAAAAGACAUGACUUAUUUUUGCACUCGAAACUCAUCCAAGUCUAUGUUAAGAACAUGGCUUGUGGAGGUUUUUAUAUUUGAUCUGUUUUGUAAAAUUACAGUGUUUAUAUAUUUUGUUUAGUGAUUUUGAUAUUUUGGAAAACAUAUUUGUCGUUUUAACCACUUUUCGACACCAUAGCAUGUUUGAACAUGAGGCAAGCGCAGUCGUCCAGAGUAGGUUAAUUCAGUUUUCCCUCCGAAUCAGAUUUUUGCUUGAUGUAGUUUGAUAUUGCAGAAAUAAGCAGCCUUGCAUUUGAAAUACUGAUCUUGUAUCAUUCUUUCUCUCGUCUUGCACAACAUUCAAACUUGGAGUUGUACUUGUAAUCCUCUGUAGGUUCAUUUAGUGAAGAUGGCAAGCAUGUAAUAUUCAAAUCUGGGUCAAAAUAGUUUUUGGGAAUUUUUUUUAUAAACUAUUUAUAUGCUUAUGUUACUGUGCCAGAUAGGCAGGGUUUGCACUUUUGACAGUUCCAUAAUGUUUAGCAGACAUCAAGUGCAUCACAAACCUGAAUAUAGACACCAUUUGGCCUUUCUUCAAAGUGUGGUUAUUUGAUAUUACUGUAUAUGAGAUGAGAACAAACUAUUGCAAAUGUAUUACUCAUGCUCUUAAGUUAUGUAGAUAUUUUUUUUGGCAAAGAUUUAUGCUCUGUUUUGUCUUUUAACUAUUUAUUAUCAUGUGCCUUCUUGUUGAGAUGUGAGUUUUGUAAAUAAUUAUAGGGUUGGGAGGUGAGUCUUCCUCUCCCCAACAGAUGAAUCUAUUUGAUGUGCAUGCAAUGGGGACCCUCUGCUGGUGACUUGAUGUGUUGCUCUUUCUGCCCA